AUGGCAACCAACAAUUCUCAAGUUUAUCACGAAAGGCAAAGAUUACAGUUCUGUCUUGUGCAUUCUCUCAACUCCCUCUUUCAGCAAAAAGAUGCUUUCACUCGGGAAAAGUUGAAUGAAAUCUCUGAAAGACUUGCAGUUGAAGAUUCCAACUCUGAAUCGUGGACCCCACUUUCUGUUCUUUUCAAGCCCCAUUACAAUGCCUUGACUGGAAACUAUGACAUAAAUGUACUAAUUGCGGCUUUGGAGGAGAAAGGUAAGUGUUUGAUGUGGCAUGAUCGUAGAAGGGGGGCAUCUUGCAUUGAUCUUGAUGCACCUGUUUUGAUGGGGAUUGUGAUCAAUGUGUCGGUGGCAAGGUUUGGUGGGAUGUGGAGAAGUAGACACUGGAUUGCAUUGAGGAAGAUUGAUGGGGUUUGGUAUAACUUGGACAGUGACCUUGCUGCUCCUCAACCUUUUCUUGAUGCACAUAAAGUAAGGCAGUUCUUGGAUUCUACAUUGUCACGAGGUGGGGAGAUUUUGAUUGUCUUGAAUGAGAAACCAUCUUGA